AUGUCUGCUGUUGUUGUCCCCAUGAAGUUUCAUGGAAAACGAGGCAGCCGCGUUGCCUGGGCCCGCAAGCGCUCGCUGUGCGUGCUGGGGCUUGUAUUCCUGCUCACCAGCUGGUUUGCCCUCCGCGAAAUGCAAAGCACGUACAGGGAUUCCCUGUCGGAUAUUCACACGACGGUCGAAAAGGGCGUCAUCGACUGUCGUCCCGCCAACGUCUCUGUGGCGGUGACGUCGACCCUCAUGAACACCGUCAUUAAAGCUGUCGUCAUUCCCAUGAUCCAAAAUGAUAGCAACACCAUCAUCGUCCCCGCGCAAGAGGUGAACCACGUCUGGGUGGACAAUAUGGUGCUGCAUCAUUUCAAGCUGGCCUCUCUCACCGUCCGCACAGGCGUGCCAGACGCGGAGAGCAUGACGGUACGCGCCACGGGACUCGGUCUCGAGGUGAAGAAGUCGCGCUUCAUCUUCCAUUACAUGGGUGUGAAGUGCAGUGGCACCUUCUGGGCGUCAUUGAAGGGGACGGAUGUCGAUGCGGUGAUGCGCCUCACCCUUCUACCAGAGGAACAGUGGAACGUGACUUUCCCGUAUCUGGCGCUUAACUGGGGUCAGCUGGACGUCCACCACAAGUUGGACAGCGAGGUAUGCAGUUUAGCGCAAAAGUUUGUGGAGCUGUUUACUGGUGAACUCGACGUCUUCGUAGCCUCAAAAGUAAGGAAAGUGUUGGAUGAAGAGUUGCCGGGAAAGGCAGCUGAAGGGCUCAACGAUGCCUUUGCGAAGUUUGGCAUCCGUGCCAUCACGCCGCCCGUGAUGACAGACGAUGCGAUGGCCGUAACGCUAGACUUGAACCUGGUCGAUUUCGGCUGCGCUUCGGCGCCUACCGCGUCAACCGUGCCUAACCUUGUGUCUCGCGACUUUGCUAUACGCUCCACCGCGACGAGUGUGAACAACGCUCUCUACAAUGCGGUACAGGCGCAGCGUCUGGAGGUGGAGAAGCACCUACCAGCAAUGUGGAACACCACGUUAUUAGCAGAUGUUUUUCCUGAGGUGUACCAGGCGUGCCCGGGAUGCAGACUGUACACGCUCGUGCAGGCAACAAAGGCACCUAUACUCGAUGUGUUGCACGACGGGGAAGUGUCAGUGCAUGUCCAGGACCUCAUUAUCGGACUGUAUGUGCAGCCGAACUCCACGGAGCAUUCCUCGGCCUUAUCUCACCUCAUCACAGAAAAGCAGCUCAUGCCGAGGGCAGGCUUCUCCCCCAUCUCCCGGUUCUUUGCACGGAAAAAGAGGAUCUCUUCACAGUACCACCGCCAGCCAUUUGCAGUGCUGGCGAUCGGGUGCUCCGCCGCAUCUGGCGUCCGCAACCUCAACUCCAGCACAGGUCACUCGAUCAGCUACGAACUACUUCCGGUGCGCGACGUUGCUGUGAAGGUGGUGGCGUCUAACAUCGGUGAUCUCAGCACGAAAGACCUGGAGAAACUCAUUACCAAAGGGUGGAACGACCUCGCCGCACCGCUGGCCAACAGUGCGUCUCCGCUGAAGCUGCCGUUCUUUUUCCAGGAGACUGUGUUGAAGGUCGGACCCAACACCAUUGAGGGCGGCGUGAAUGUCAGCCUGAUGGAGGAGUUUCUGCAGGCCGUUUUGUCGAUCCUGUAG